ACCAAAGACAACAAGGCCAACGAAUCUACGACAUCGUCGAUCUGCCCAAUACCACGACAUAUGUGCCAGUCACACGAAAAUUGAUAGACUUGAUCAGCACGAAGUAUCCACCCUUGACAAGAUCAGUAGAAUCCUUCAAACACACGGCCUCCAAGUUCCAAGCUUCGUACAGGCCAAACCCGUCCUAACAUUGUGGGCCACACAAACGUCACAACAUCGAGUGAUUGUCCACGUUCAAGAGCUUCACAUUCCCAAGCAAUGUGUCGCUUCCUCAUUUACUCGGGGCACUCGCCCAUUCUUCUCUCACACCUCAUCACAUCACCAACACACAGCAUCUUGACCCAAAGUUACGAUUCUCGGCUACGCCUCGACGUUACCCGACCGCACAACGGCGACGGCUUCGGCGUCGGCUACUACACAUCAGCGCCGGGUCCCUCAAGGCGACGAAGCGUCUCAACUCCAGGCUCACUAAUCGAAUCCGAGCCCGUCGAUCUCGGACCGGAGCCCUGCAUUUUCACCUCGACGAUUCCCGCGUGGAACUGCCGGAACCUCGAGCGCUUGGCGUCCAAGACGGUCUCGCCGCUGAUCUUCGCCCACGUGCGCGCCAGUACCGAGGGUGCUUUGGCCGAUAGCAAUUGCCAUCCGUUCUCACGUGGUGCGCUCAUGUGGAUGCACAACGGCGGCAUUGGCGGUUGGAAGCUGGGCGUCAAGCGACGCCUCGUGGCGGACAUUGGCGACAAGUGGUUUGAGGGCGUGCAGGGUUCGACGGACAGCGAGUGGGCGUUUGCGUUGUUCCUAGAUUCGUUGGAUCGAGAUUGUGGAUUGGAUGCGGACGACCCCGUGAGGCAGAGGGACGGGUUUGGUCAUACGAACUUGCGCAAGGCAAUGCUCAAGACCAUUGAGCGGAUCAAUGGCUAUAUCCGGGCCAUUCCUGCGGAAACGCGGGAAGGUGUCGAUGUAAGAAGUUUGUUGAAUUUCGCCAUUACGGACGGUAAAAGUGUGGUCACCACACGCUACGUGUCGUCCAAGACGGACGAUGCCGCGAGCCUAUUCUUCAGCUCCGGGACGAACUGGACGGAGCAGCCAUCGGCGACACCGAAUGAAAAAACCAAGAUCGGCAAGGGCGAAUACAAGAUGGAGCGCCGAGAUAAAGGCGCCGACAUUGUCUUGGUGGCUUCCGAGCCGCUGACAUUCGAACGGGACAACUGGGUUACUGUGCCGACCAACAGCGUCCUCACGAUCCAUAACCAGAACGUCCUAAUUCACCCCAUCAUCGAUGAGUUCUACAACAUGACAUCUACGGCUGUACGCAGCGCGGCAUUUGCUGCCGACAAGGGCCAAACGACUGGCGAUGGCAUUGCAGGAAAGGAGAGCUCCAAGACAGCCAUUGAGCGGAAUGCUGCGGUUGACGAUCUUACAAGCGGGCUCAGAAAGACUGCUAUCAGCGUUUCUUGAGGGACGCAACGAAUGCCAGGUGCUCCUAUAGAUCAUCUCCGGGCCUGGUCUUCGCUCGUGGUAUGAUGCCCAAGCACGUUGAUGGACGUGUACUGUACUUAUAUAUGUGACUAAUGUUUCGAGUGGCGUCACCAACGCGCAAGCUAUUAUCCAUCGUGUGGGAGGGAGUGAAGCGUUUCUUUCCAUCUCGCAGACGGAUUUCAGAUCUUCGCGUUACCAGGGACAUCCCGACAGAACAAUUCGAAUGUCCACAGCUCGAUGCACCAUCAUGAGCCGCCGCAGCUGAGAUUCGGUACCGUCAAAAUCGUAGGCCGUCAAUCGUUUCGAAUGAAAUCCAGCAAGGACAUGUGCUUUCUGAGGAGUACGUGAUACAUCCGUGCAUACUUUGCUUCAGUCCUGCUUCUCAUAGAAGAUCUCGUGGUACC